ACCAAAACUCCGUCCAACCACCUCAACAGGAACUGACGUCUCUUCGGUGCAAGUGGAUGGAAAAAAAAUGCAGCUGCAGGAAAAUUGGCUCCAAACACCACACCGCUAAAAGGUGAGACAUUUACAAUUUUUACAGUAAAUGUCUGCGUGAUAAAGUUUUAGCUUGCAGUUGCCUGAAAUCAGUGGUUGCAACUCCGUUGUAUCCGGCCGUUCCCCGUUUGAUAAAGCCUGCAUUUCUUCCUUGUUGUGGGGCAGGACCAAAGCAGUUGCCUGGGUACUUUUAAAUUAAUAAAUCAGUGCCCCACAAAGUACGGAGAAGUCAUGUGUUUAAAGAUUUGCUACACAACCAUUUGAGCCACACAGACUUAGAAGCCGUCCUACUCAUGGCACCUUCCAGUUGACAGAAUGGCCCAGAUAUCGAGCGGUAAUGGGUUCAAGGUGGAUGUCCCCAAGCCAAAGGGCGUUGUGGGUAAAGAGGAAGCCCUCCGCAUGGAGGAAGAAGCUUUUGCAAAAUUGCGAAGGGAUAAGAGGCCCACUCAUUCAGCUUCAGCAUCCUCAUCUUCCUCUGCAGCAUCCUCAUCCUCCUCAAAACCGCAACCAUCUAGAUCUACCACAACUGCUCCUCUAUCUUUACCCUGUGCUAGUAGACCCGAAAGAGACCUCAUUGUCUUCCCUGAGACCAAGAAGCAGGCAGAGCAGGACAAGUUCAGGGAUAUUGACGUGGACAAGCUGACCAAUGAGGAACUUGAAAAGCUCCUGCUGGAUGAAAACUUUGGGGUUAACAGCAAAGUGCCCCGUCCCUCAUCACUACAGGGGUUUAACCUCAGUGCCUCCUACCCUGGAGGCCUUCCAUGUAGCUCCUCUCCUUUCCAGAGCAGCCAGUGGACACCUGUUCUGUCCACACCGUCUAACUCUAAUGUGUCCACUCCCACCCAUCAGCCUUCCCCAAUGUUCCCCUCUGCUCCAUUCCCCAAACCAGGCACGUUUCAGAAUGGCUUCACUCCAACCAUGUCGCCCUUCAUGGCUCUGACGUCUCAGCCAACAUCCUUCAUGGCCUUCGCUCCCAUCCAGCCUGCUGCUGCCAUGGUCUUCACACAGCCAGCAGUGGACCCAGAGAUGGCUAAACUGUUUGACAAGAUUGCCAGCACCUCAGAAUACUUGAAGAAUGGCAAAUCGGCCAGCACUGACCUGGAUACUUCUCAAGCGGGCAAGGCUUCUCUGGCGCCCAACCCACCACCCCAGCAGCCAGCAGCGAUGGAAUCUUCUAGCAUCAGCCGUUUUGACUGGCUCGAUCUGGACCCACUCACAAAGCGUAAAGCUGAAAAUGAGGAAGCAUCCCCAACAUCAGGAGACACUGCGCAGACGGUACCAGAAGUCGCAGGGGAUCCUUGGGAUGCAGUUCUUGAGACUGAAGGGAACAGUAGUAGCAGUAGCCCCCCGCUGGAGGUGAAAGCAUCGCUUACGGUUCGCUCACAGCACAGGAGAGCAUCAACAGGAGCGGCUGUCACUAGGAGUCACUCGCUCAACAUCCCAGGGACCUCCUCCCAGCACAAACUAAAAAAUCAGGACAAGGGAAAAGGAAAAGGUUUGGUGAAGAAUGCAGCUCUGGAAGAACAGGACGCUCAAAACCUGGAGGUUGUUGCCUUCUGUGAAGACGUAGCAACUCUGCGCUCCAAAUUCCCUCAUACCGACGUGUCCACCAACCCUGGCUACGUCCUGAGCCCUGUCAUUACCCAGAGAGACAGCGGAGGUGACAAUAGCUGCUCUGUCAAGGUUUCCAUUGAAUUCUCAGAAUCUCAGCAGCCAGUUACUUUCACCUGUGACGUGAGUUCUCCAGUGGAGUUGCUGAUCAGUCAGACUCUCUGCUGGGUCCACGAUGACUUGAACCAGGUCGACUUCUCCAGCUACCUGCUCAAAGUCUGUGGUCAGGAGGAGGUCCUGCAGAAUAAACACAGCCUAGGCAGCCAUGAGUACGUCCAGAACUGCAGGAAGUGGGAGAAUGACAUCACAUUACAACUACUCUCUCACUCCACCAUGAGAAGAGACUUGGCACGCAGUGCGGAAGAUGACAACUCUGUGGUAGAUUUAGAGAAGCCCCUGAGCCACGUGGAGAGGCCAUUCAAAGAGAAUGUCACCAGACAAGGCCUGGCUGAUUAUUUAGAAGGCUAUCAUAAUCAAGUUGAUAUCUGCCAACAAAAUGAGAGUACCCAGUAUAAGACUGUGGAUCGUGUGGUGCAGACUUUGAAGAACCUAUGUUGUGCUCUGGACGAGGUGGAGACACAAGCCAUUACAGAGGCCAUCAAAAGGCUGCGACACUCCGUCAAUUUACCGAGGACACGCUCACCCAAGAUGGGAUCCACAUCGUCUGGUCAAUCAUCAAAUGGUCACACCAGUCCAGUGGAGGAGGGCCUGGCCUUACUGACACAGGCUGUCUAUGACCUGGCCAAGCUCUACUUGCGCUCCUUCUGCCCCCCAUCCCCCUCCUUCAGUUCACCUUCAGUGCCCCAAGCUGCAGACGUGGAAGGCGUAGAAGGGAAGAGCAGCAAAGAAGCUUCUGGUACCACAGACCACCUUCAGUUCACUCUGUUCGCCUUGCACGGCAUCCCGGCCAACUGGGUCAGCAGUUAUGAGAAGUACUUCCUGAUGUGUUCCCUCACCCACAAUGGCAAGAACUUGUUUAAACCGGUCCAGUCCAAGAGAGUGGGCACAUACAAAAGCUUCUUCUACCACAUCAAAUGGGACGAACUGAUCAACUUCCCCAUAGCAGUAGCUGUUCUCCCAUUGGAGUCCAUACUGAGCCUGACUCUGUUUGGGGUGCUGAAUGAGAAUGCCAGCGGCUCCCCAGACUCCAACAAACAGAGGAAAGCUCCAGAGCUGCUAGGCAAAGUCUCUAUGCCACUCUUUGACUUCAGACGGGUGCUUGCCAAUGGCAGCAGGUUGUUGUGUUUGUGGACUUCUGCCCAGGGAGCUGCUACUGCUGGCGGCUCUACUGGAAACCGCAAAAGGGUGUCUGCAGAGAGAAUAGUACUACAGGUGGACUUCCCCAACUCAGCGUUGGACGUUUUAUACGUGGGACCCAAGGAAGAGCCCAGACCAGAGCAUACACUGGAGGAGCUGGAUCCUGAUCUGCGACGCAAACUGGAGAAAAUCUGCAGCAGAGCUUCUAAUUUUGGGCUGAAGCGGGCAGAUCACCAGAUCCUAUGGGACCAUCGGCUCCACUGUCGGAAGGACCACCCCAGCAGCCUCCCCAAGGUGCUGGCCAGUGUGCCCAGCUGGGACUGGGCCAGCAUGGCUCACAUCCACUCCCUUCUGCAUCACUGGCCCCCUUUGCCCCCCGUCAUUGCGCUAGAGCUACUCGACUCAAAGUUUGCAGAUACAGAAGUGAGAAAUGUGGCUGUUAGUUGGAUUGAGAAGAGCAGUGAUGAUGAGCUGGCUGACUACCUGCCACAGCUAGUACAGGCAUUAAAGUUUGAGUGUCACCUAAAGAACGCCCUUGUCAUGUUCCUGCUGUCCAGAGCACAAGGCAACAUCAACAUUGCCCACUACCUCUACUGGCUGCUGAAGGACGCGGUGCAGGAUCCUGCCUUUGGACAACGCUAUGAGCGGGUGCUGGGUGCCCUGCUGUGUCUGUGUGGAGUCAAGCUGAGGGCGGAGCUGGAGAAGCAGACUCACCUGGUCACCCUGCUAGGAGCCGUGGCCGAGAGAGUCAGGCAGGCUGGGGGGUCUACACGACAGGUGGCGCUGCAGGAGGGUCUUGAAAAUGUUCAGAACUUUUUUCAGAGGAACAGCUGCCGGAUGCCCCUCAGCCCCAGCCUGGUGGCCAAGGAGCUAAACAUCAAGGCCUGCUCCUUCUUCAACUCCAACGCAGUUCCCCUAAAGCUGGCCCUGGUCAACGCCGACCCACUGGGACAAGAGAUCAAUGUUAUGUUCAAGGUUGGAGAGGACCUGAGACAGGACAUGUUGGCUCUUCAGAUGAUCCGCAUCAUGGAUCGCAUCUGGCUGCAGGAGGGGCUGGACCUCCGCAUUGUCAACUUUAAAUGCAUCUCCACUGGCAAGGACAAAGGUAUGGUGGAGCUGGUGCCAUCCUCCGACACCCUGAGAAAAAUCCAGGUGGAGUACGGCGUUACCGGAUCCUUCAAGGACAAACCGCUUGCAGAGUGGCUCCGCAAGUACAACCCUGCUGAGGAUGAGUAUGAGAAGGCAUCAGAAAACUUCAUCUACUCGUGUGCAGGAUGCUGUGUGGCAACCUACGUACUGGGCAUCUGUGAUCGCCAUAAUGAUAAUAUUAUGCUGCGCUCCACUGGUCACAUGUUCCACAUCGACUUUGGCAAGUUCCUGGGUCACGCCCAGAUGUUUGGCAGCUUCAAAAGGGACCGUGCUCCUUUCGUUCUGACCUCUGACAUGGCGUACGUCAUCAACGGAGGUGAGCGUCCCACCAGUCGCUUCCAGCUGUUUGUAGACUUGUGUUGCCAGUCCUACAACCUCAUCCGCAAGCACUCCGGGCUUUUCCUCAACCUGUUGUCACUGAUGACGUCCUCAGGCCUCCCAGAGCUGACCGGUUCUCAGGAUCUAAAGUAUGUGUUUGAUGCCCUGCAGCCCCACAACACAGAUGCUGAGGCAACGAUCUUCUUCACCCGGCUAAUAGAGUCCAGUUUGGGCAGCGUGGCCACCAAGUUCAACUUCUUCAUCCACAACCUUGCCCAGCUGCGAUUCUCUGGUUUGCCAGCCAACGACGAGCCCAUCCUGUCCUUCUCCCCUAAGACGUACACUUUGAAACAGGAGGGCCGCAUCGUCCACGCCUCCAUCUUCUCCUUCCAAAAGAGAUACAACCCCGACAAGCACUAUACGUAUGUGGUGAGGCUCCUAAGGGAAGGUCAGAACGAGCCCCAGUUUAUCUUCCGCACUUUUGAUGAGUUUCAGGAGCUCCACAACAAACUCACCAUCCUCUUCCCGCUCUGGAAGCUGCCGGGUUUCCCUAACAAGAUGGUGCUCGGUCGCACGCACAUCAAAGAAGUGGCUGCCAAGAGGAAGCUGGAGCUCAACAACUACGUCCACAACCUGAUGAGGAGCUCCACAGAGGUCACCCAGUGUGACCUGGUCUACACCUUCUUUCAUCCAAUUGCACGGGACGACAAGACCGAAGGCUUAGAUGCCACGCCCAGAGCACCAGAGCCUCCCCUGAGUCCCACUUCGGGUCGGGUGGAAGGAGAAGUAAAGCUCUCAAUCUCCUACAGGAACAGCAAUCUCUUCAUCAUGGUCAUGCACAUCAGAGAUCUGGUAUCAGAAGAUGGAACAGAUCCCAACCCAUAUGUGAAAACCUACCUGCUUCCAGAUCCACACAAGACUUCCAAACGCAAGACAAAGAUCUCAAGGAAAACCAGGAACCCUACUUUCAAUGAGAUGUUGGUGUACAGCGGCUACAGCAAGGAAACCUUGGGCCUGCGGGAGCUUCAACUGAGCGUGCUCAGUGCCGAGUCGCUGCGUGAGAACUACUUUCUGGGCGGCGUCACGCUCAGACUCAAAGACUUUGACCUCAGCAAGGAGACGGUCAAGUGGCAUAAACUUACGGCCGUCCCCUACUUCUAACCCCUCGUUGCCUCUCCCAAAGCCGGGGACGACUCCUUGUCUUCAGACAAAAAGCUGCGUUCACAUUAUAUGGGAAAGGUGGCAGAUGCGGCCUUACUUGAAAAUACUGGUCACUGCAGUUUUCAGUUCAUAAAAAUACUACUUCAGCACUUGGGGGGGGGUCUGGAGAUAGACCCUCAUUUUUGCAAGGAUUUUUGACAUCAUUAAAUUUCAAAUAUAAGCUGUGAUAUUUUCAUUUCCAAUUUAACAAACCAAAUGGACUGUUUCUUUUAAAUGACUCAUGUUGUAAUAAGUAUUUUUACGGCAAGAAACAGCUGUCCUUGUGGCUGAAAAACAUGCAUCAUCAAGUACAUGUGUUGAACAACUGAUAAGUAACAACCGGAUUCUUUAGCUUUUCAUCAUGGUAUCUUUACAGAUUUAAACAAGGUUGAACACACCAAGUCAUUGCUUAUAAUAAUAGUUAUGUUGCCUCAGCGGUUAUUCCCAUAUGACAUGAAUGCAGACCUAAAAACUCCUUCAGACGCACCCUCAAAGGGCGACCGAAGAAGCCGUUUCACAAACCCUCAAAGGCGAGCCUGCUCUCCAUCCUUUACUGUUUUUCUCUCUUUCAUUAAUUAAGAUUGUUUCUGUGACAAACAAUCUCCACUUACUUUGUCUCUCUUUUUCCUAAACUUUAACGAAGAGCUGUAAUGUUUUGUACAUUUUGAUAUUAGAGGACCAAAACGGCUUACUUUCAGAAGAGUAUAUAUAGAUUGACACAUUUAUUUUUUAAGGAAUAGAAAGGGGGUUCAUUUUUACAUUUUCCUUGUUUAUUUUCUAUUUAGACAAAUGAGGCGUCAGGGUGUGCUGCUUUGCAGCAGACACUUCUUUGGUAGAGUAGUCACACACCAGAUUCUAUGAAAUCAAAAGUGAUCUUAUGAUUUUCCAAGAAUGUGCCAAAAGUAAUGAGAAGGACGGCAAAUCAAACCACUCUCCCUAGUAGGGAGCUGACCAGGGGGCCCAUGUCUGUGCUCACAGUCCCUUUUUAAUGCUCAACUUGGCCUUAUUGCAAUAUACAUUUUAUUAACAAUGUGAUAUGUCCCUAUUAAAGAAAAUUCUAUAUUCUUUAAAACUAUAGCAGUAGUUCUGUCAGAGCAGGUCUGGUGCUGGACCGGCACCGUAAAGGUUUUUUGUAAUGGUGAACUGCCACUAAAUGCACACUACCGGUAUUUCUCUUAUGUUAUUACUUGACUAUUUUCACACAGCAAACAUUAAAGGGGCAAUUGUAUCAUACGCUUUGGAGCACACGCUUGUCUGAUCUCUGGAUGAAGAGAUUAUGGUUGACUAAUUGGGCUGAUCACAAGUCAGUUCGGUGUUUCCUUCAGGUGGCUAAAAACCAUAAUUUUUCAAAUUGCAGUUAAUGGACUGAGUUAAAACUGGAGUCAGGACCUGAGGCUGUUGGGGCAAGCAGUGCCACACUCACUCCCAGUGCCUUAGAGUGUUGUCAUGACGCCUUGAUGAGUAGCUGGGUAAAAUGGUUGCAAUAACUUAAACUGCUAGUGAAGUCCAGAUCCAGUCAAAACAUUUUGAUGAACACAGAGCAAUGCUGAAAAGGUAACUUUGACAUAAAAACAUCUUCACAAAAAGGGAACAUGAUUCUGAGUGUUAGCUGCUUUCCUCUUCACUCGCUAACUAUAAAUCUAAAGUUAUUAAUGUUUAAUAAAGCAAUUAAAUGUAUCUGAAAAGGUUUUUUUAAGAGAAGAUCUACAAGACAAUUAUGAUCUAACUAUGAAUAUUAGUGACUUUAUCCACUCUUAUGACUGUACAAAGAAAGAAAGCAGAGUUUGUAUUAACAUGGCCAGUUAUUUAUUCUUAAUUGGUGACCUGUAACCCGAAUGGAUCAGUGUGUACUGUAAUCCCUCUUUUUCCUAAAGCAAAUUAAAUGUUUUGGAACAAA